GCCUCGACUUGGUUCUGUUCCCCAUAUCUCACUCUACCUACCUUACCUUACCUAACCUUGGAUAGGUACCUACUUGAGAGACACCUGCACCUGGGACACCGCACCUUGCCUGCCCGAACCCUCAGCCUGCCUUGCCCCGACUUUGCUAAAUACUCGCGUCCUGCCCUUUCCAACAAAGGCUGGGUUUUCAUUUCGUUUACCCUGGCCGCAUUUCCCCGAGCAACUUCAAGACCCCCAUUGUUGGGUUCCCGGGCGUGGCCAAACAUUUCACGCUUCCCAAGAACCCUCCCCUCCAACAAGUCGUCGGCGAGCCGCCCGUUGUUUCGCAAGCAUCCGCACUUCUCAUCUCAUCACAGAAGCAGCUCAUUAGACGCCGUCCGUCGCCCGCCGCCCCCGUGACAACCUUUGCACCCUCCAUCGAUCGCGCUGUCUCGCCUCGGUCCGCGCGCAGCUCCUGGACGGGAGUGACAGAUCUGGUCUUGUGCCGCUCGCGACACUUUUGCAAUCACGCGCCUUCUUUCUCGGCCUCCUUGCUAUCUCGACACAUCUGUCUCCACUCGGAAACACACACUCGUCCGCCUGUGGUCACCUAAAAUAACCCUGCUCACCUUACCCUUUGGCUCAGUAAGCUGGUUGAGAGCAGGCCAUCGUCCACAUUUAGUUUUGCUUGGGAUACCACGCGGCCCGAAACACAACGCCUCGGCCCACCAACACUGGUCGACUAGAAACCAUCUCGGGUCCGCCUUAAACUGUUCUGACGACUGGAUAUCGCACCACAUCCCCUUCAUCAGCCUCUCAACCGCAUACCAUCACAAUCAUCGCGUCGGGUACCAACAUCGGUUACAUCCCGUUCACUCAGUCUUGGCACUCUUUGGGUAUCUCCAACGACUUCGGCGCCGGCUCGUGCAAAUGCCCAUGUUCGUGCUCACGACAUCCUAGGAGCAUUGACCGUUUUGCCAGGAGCUUCAUCAUAGGCGAGAAGCGAGCGCCCGUGGUUGGGAAAUCCCUGCCUUCAACGCCGGUCCUUGUCGACUUUUAUUUAUCGUUGCCGUGUUCGCACUUCAUCCCUGCUACUGCUGCCGCCACCAUCGUCGUCGGUGCACUGCUUCCAUGCACACAUAAGAAACAUACCCGACGCUACAUCCACCACACCCGGUCGAUAUAUGUACGAUCAGCUCCUUUCUCAGCCCUCUCCUCGCGUCUACCGUUGCCAGAUCCACAUCAACCCGGCACAAGCAAACGAAUGAGACCCUAGUCGUCGACUUCUAACCGCUGCAGACCCUGUCAACGCGGUUAUCGCUCUUUCACGUAUCCCGAGCUUUCACCUCAAGCCGGAGCCAGAGCUGACCAGACCAGGGUACUCAAGUAGGUACCUUGCACCCACAAGUUACGACCCCAUCCCGUCCUUGCUUGUGGAGACGUUGCCGGUACCUUCUCCGCGCCAGGCCAGGCCAGACCAGACCAGGUCAAGCGUCACCUGUGUGGGCUCCCGUCUCUUCUGGCUUGCGCCUACCUACCUGCACCUCACCUACACCUGUACCGCUGCUUGCUUGUCAUCACCCGCCAACGAGAACGAGCGACCCUUCGAGCCUUUCUACACCUUUUCCCGCCCCCAUCAUCGCACAAAGCUAAUAUCCUCCGCGCGCCCUUCUUCUCGCCCAUGCCCGCGAGACUUGACUUGCAGCAUUUGCUCGGCUACGACGGGUCAUACGAGACAUUUUAUUCCUAAUUUCGAAAGGCGUCUGAGCGCAUCGAAUACUUAAGCUCCCGAACCAAGACCCCACACCCGUCAUCUCCCUCACCGUCUCGCCGUCCUUUCUCGACGAGAUCACCACCGUCCCGCCGUCCAUCAACCACCAGGCUCCCAUCGUCGCGGGACAUAUUUCACCGCUGCACUGUGACAGGAUCGAUCACAACCAACCGUCAACGACUGGCCACGCCGUCUGCCUGCCUGCGAAAACCAACCCCCCCUCUCUGUUCCACUCUACACACGCUGGCAUAUCUCCAUCGCGCUCGUACUCGUGCUCGUCGUUUCUAAUCAUGGCGGGGCUGUUCCGGAAGGUGUACGAUUGGCUGUUGAGGACGUUUUGGGCGACCGAGAUGGAUGUGACGAUGAUAGGCCUGCAGAAUGCGGGCAAAACCUCCCUACUUCGAGUCCUCGCAGGCGGCGAGUUCACGAUCGACUCGAUCCCGACGGUCGGAUUCAACAUGAAGCGGGUGCAACGAGGACACGUUACACUGAAGUGUUGGGAUAUCGGGGGCCAGCCCAGGUUUCGAACGAUGUGGGAGAGAUACUGCCGUGGCGUAAACGCCAUUGUCUUCAUCGUCGAUAUUGCCGAUGUGGAUUUGUUGCAGCAGGCCCGCGAAGAACUCCAUGCCCUUAUGGGCCAAGCUUCGUUAAGAGAGAUUCCGCUUCUUGUGUUGGGAAACAAGUCGGACCUCCCGCAGAGGUUAUCGGUCGAUGAGUUGAUUGAUGCGCUUGACCUCAAGUCCAUAGGCCACCGCGAAGUCUGUUGCUACGGCAUCAGCGCUAAGGAGGAGACGAACUUGGAUGCUGUCCUUCAGUGGCUCAUGAAGUGGGCGAACAAAUGAGUUGUGUCGCCGCUGUGUGUCGGGGAUCUCGAUGUGCGGCAUCUCACUGUUGCUUUGCUGGCCGCGCACAACACUUUGCUUGUCUGACGGGGAUAUUGAAAGUCGGCCAAGUGGCGCCUCGAGACGAGGCCAAGAAACAUGUUUCGCUCGGGUGCAAGGCUCGGUGUCAAGGUGUUGUAUCGAAUUCUGUCCUACAAUCUGCGAAAUAUUUGGCGUUUGGUCGGUCUGCGACAGCAUCAGUAGAGCCUGCGAGCCUGCUUGGCCCCAUUACAAUUUUUUUUAUUACCACAUCGCACACACGGGUGGAGUUGUCUCUCGGGCGGUGCUUUGGAAAUCAGAAGAUUCGAUACGCAUGCAAGGCUUUUGCCUUUGUUUGAGAGAGUUUGUCGGCCGGGUUGUCUUUCCUAGUUUGAGAAGGGCGGGCCGCACAGCCAAGAAUUAUUGACGCGCGGUUGGGGGGGGUGAUGGAACACAGUAGAGAGCAGAGAGAGAGAGAGAGAGAGAGUGGUGGUGGCCAUGAUGAUGCUACGAGAGUAGACGAAUGAAUAUCAUGACUGAUGCACGAUCGCUUGAUCAUUUGCGUGAACCAGAUCUAGUCAUGUCAAAAGGCUGUCACGUACGCGAAGGUAGCUUUACUUCGAUACAAUGAGUGAGAUGGACCCUUCUGAAGCAUGGCGGAUGCGCUGAACUGAGCUGGGCAGAGCAGAGUGUCCCUUCCGGUGUGGUUGUGGCGGCGGCGGCAGUGGUGGUGAAGGUGUUGGUGGUGGCCAUAGAGUAGUUGAGAGUAAGAUCAGGAAGAAUGAAAAUGAGAGAACUUGACAAGACAAACCAGACCGCCUCGGACACGGUGGUGGGGUUGGAGGGGAAGAUAUGUUUCUGCUUCAUCGUCCUCAUAUUCCGAUUCCUCUACUUUUGCCCAUCCUUUUGGCAGUGCAAGCGCAAAGCACAGACGAGGGGCAGGGAAGGCGUACCUGGGAAGGUAGGUAGGUAGGGAAUAAGAAAAAACGAAAACAAUGCCAGCGCAUCAAUGCAUCGGCUUCCAGGUCCUCCCUGGCGCGCCAUGAUUCGUCCGCCAACCGACACUUUGGUGUUGAUAAUAAAUAAAGAUAAAAACCUAGGUGUUCCACGCACACCUGCUGGCUGCAGGGCCCAUGGUGGGAUGGAUGGGAGGGGGCGGCGUGGUGUAUGUGCGUAUGUGUGUGUAUGCGUUGUGCGUUGUCUGUCUCUUGGUCUUGUGUCUCGUGUCUCGUGUCUCAUGUCUCGGUUAUCUGGGGAAUUAUGCAAUGAAAUGUGAAAGGGAUCGCGGUGAAGUUAGAGGGGUAAGG